AUGGCUUCCUACCUUAUCACCGGCACCUCGCGCGGCAUUGGCCUUACUCUAGUCAAAGAUUUGGUUGCUAAGCCUGUCUCCGAGGUAUCUAUUAUCUUCGCGGCCGCACGUACGGAGACUCCUGCUUUGAAGGAAUUGAUUGAGAAGUCCGCUGGCCGCAUUGAGUUCGUCUCUAUAGACGUCACGUCUCCUGAGAAAGUAAAGGCUGCAGCGAUCCAAGUUGAGAAGUCGCUUGGAGGGAAAGGGCUGGACAUUCUUAUCAACAAUGCCGGUGUAUUGAAUUUCAUCCCUGAUGGUAUUGAGGCCAAGACCGAUCUGAACGCAACAUUCAAUACCAAUGUGACCAGCGUCCACCUUGUUACAAGCGCAUUCCUCCCACUUUUGAGGAAUGGUACCAUGAAGAAAAUCUUCACCAUGUCCACGACCAUGGGAUCCAUUGGGAUGGCAGCAAAAUUCAAGGCUGCGCCUGCUCCGUCAUAUAAAAUCUCCAAGGCGGCCCUUAACAUGCUCACAGUGCAAUACGCACUAGCCCUCGAGGAUGAAGGUUUUACUGUCGUUGCAAUUUCCCCUGGUUGGGUGAAGACCGACUUGGGCGGUGAACAGGCUGAUUUGACCGUAAGCCAAAGCUCCCCUGCCGUGUUGAAAAUUGUGUCUACUGUCAACAAGGCAGACAACGGAAAGUUCCUCAAUGUCUUGGUCCCUGGCUGGGAGAACCAUGCCGGUCCUGACAAGUAUGAUGGGGCUCAGCCAGAUUGGUAA